GCCUCAGCUCUGAGCUCCAACCCCUCCCAUCUGAGAGAGCUGGACCUGAGUUACAAUGAUCCAGGAGACUCAGGAAUGAAGUUGCUGUCGGCUGGACUGAAGGAUCAAGGCUGGAGACUGGACACUCUCAGGGCGGAGCCUGCUGGAGUCCGAUGGUUGAGACCAGGUCUGAGGAAGUAUUCCUGUCAGCUCACAAUCGACACAAACACAGUGAACACAAAGCUCCAACUGUCUGACAACAACAGGAAGGUGACAAAUGUGGAGGAGGUUCAGUCAUAUCCUGAUCAUCCAGACAGAUUUGAUUACUGGCCUCAGCUGCUUUGUAGAAAUGAUCUGACUGGUCGCUGUUACUGGGAGGUCGAGUGGAGAGGAGACGUUUAUAUAUCAGUGAGUUACAGAAGCAUCAGAAGGAAAGGAGACAGUGAUGACUGUUGGUUUGGACGCAAUGAUCAGUCCUGGAGUCUGAGCUGCUAUGAUGAUGGUCCUCAUUAUGUCUGUCACAAUAGCAGAUCAACAUCCAUCUCCUCCUCCUCCUCCUCCUCCUCCUCCUCCUCCUCCUCCUCCUCUGUGUCUAACAGAGCAGCAGUGUAUGUGGACUGUCCUGCUGGCACUCUGUCCUUCUACAGAGUCUCCUCUGACACUCUGAUCCACCUCCACACCUUCAACACCACAUUCACUCAAACUCUUUAUCCUGGGUUUAUGGUCUGGCCUCCUGGUGACUCAGUGUCCCUGUGCUGAGUGUAAAGAGUGUCUCCUGUUAGAGAAACACUCUGACUGUUGAACAGUUCAGUCUGUACAUGUCUGUCUCUUUCACUCACAAACACGUUUUCACAUUCAUGGAUUCAAUCAGUUGAUGUUUGAAACUCUUCUCAAUGAUUCCUUGUAAACUUCUUCAGUCACAAACAAACAGGAAGUGAUGUCACAUGUGUUCCUGUCCACAGCAGAAUGAGUCUAUUGCUGACAGUGAUGUACAAACAGAGUGAGCAUUUCUGAGGCCAAAAUAAACUGAGUAGUUCACUGAAUGAACACUGUGAGCUCAGUUCCUUCAUCAUUAGUAUGGAUUAUAUAUGUAUAUGUAUUAUAUUAGUAUCAUAUAUAUCAGGUGCUGCUGGUUCCAGUCAUUGUGCAAAUGACAAACGUGAAAACGUCCAGAUGAACAGAAUCAAGCUUUUGGGAUCAGCCAGCAAUGCAGCAUCAUUGUUGUUCAGGUUCAGAGGUUUGCAGGAAUGAACUGAUGACCACAAACAGCUGCAGAGUCCAAUCAAAUACCAGCUGGAGUUCAGCUGCAUCUGAAGAAGUCAAAGAAAAGUAAGGAUGGCAAAGGGCGAUGUUUUCUUCCAAAGAACUGAAAACAUGGUCGACGCCUCAUUAGAAGAAUCAUCUGGACAUUUGUGAGGAACUCUAACCAAGAAAGCAACACAAGAAAGCAACGUCACACAGAUCCAACAGACAGUUUCCAUGACUGCAAGUGUUCAGUGGAAAAAUGCUACAUUGCAUUAUUGCAUCCUCUCACCACAGGAGGCGCUGUUGGCACCACUGAUUGCUGAUCAUCUCUGAUGAUCUGAUUGAUCCUGUGAAUAACGG